AUGGAAGACAUGAAGGUGUUCAUCAUUGUCAAGCUCCAGCUGGUUCCAUUCGUGGUGUGUGCCCUGACCAAGCCGCAGAAGAUGCGGUACCAGCUACUGAAGUGCUCCUCGGAAACAUGCAAGGCAGCCACGCCAUAUGACGCGUGUCCAUGGAAGGGGAAGGUGCUCACGUGUCAAAGUCCUAUCCGCGUCACGAUCAUGGAGACAGGUGCUCAAGAGACCUUGGUGAGGGAGCCUCAAAAAGCCAAGAUGACCUCCCGACUCAAGGACUACGGUCGUGAAAUGGCAACGCAAGGGUUGAAGCCCGCUUGGAUUCGCAAUGAAAUGGCUCGGCGAAUCUCGGACAAGUGUCGCUCGUUUCACCUUGUGGCACUUUUCAUUACAUCGCAACGCUUGGAGGACAUUUACGUGACGGCGCUGACCGAGCUGCGCAGGAUUUUUGUUUCGGUGUCUGGGGGGGGGGGGGGUCAAUUGUUGGUCAAGUUCGUCAUGGCCGAUGCUGGAGCUGCCCAACAGAACGCAGUGACACGAGUGUUUGGUGUCGAUUCUGAAUUUGUCUACUUGAUGUGCUUCUAUCAUGUGAUGACCAAGGUUCACGAAAACCUCAAGGGUAUACCUGGUCGCUUGUCCGAACAGGUGAUGGCGGACAUCUAUGGCCUCCAUUUCGCGGCUAGCCAAGAUGUCUAUGACGAACAAUUGAAACAGAUUUUAACGAAGUGGUCGGGUGAAGAGCAGCUGGUUUGGUUCCAAGGCUAUUUGAGCUCGGUGACUCCAAUAAUCUUCAAGGAAUUCCCUGAAGCCACCCAGCAGUUAAACGCAAGGAUUAAGAAUUUUUGCCGCCGAGAUCUUCUUGUGGACAUGACUCCCAGCCGGUCCAGCAUCGAAUUCCUACUCGUUUCCCCCAACCCAGACGUGGUUCGGGUAUCGUCACAUGGCUGCGAGCGUGUCUACCUCCCGGAACCCGGGCGCAGUCGCGAGGUGGCCCCGGUGUCGGCCCAGAUGGGGGUGAAUUACGCACGAAUGGAGGUGGUUGGGCAGCCCGAGGGAUGCUGGCAUGUAAAUUUGAGUACGAAUUCGUGCGGGUGCAAUUACUACUUCAAGUUUGAAAUCUGCGUUCACGUGCUUUUUGCUCUUCAGAUUAAGGACUACACAGGCCUGGACGUGCCUGAGAUCCUGCCGGUCGCCCACUGGCAAACCGGCAUGCAUUGA